GAGGAAAACAAAUUUAUCUAUCUAUCUGUAUAUUUAAACAAACAGCUAGCAGCUUUUGUAAUCAGAAAUUAGACUACACACUAUAAUGUGAUGAAUACGAAGUGAACAAAAGAGACAUGUAAAAAAAAAAAAAAUAGUUCCCAAAUUGUAAAUUCCGCGCAUGCGCAGUGUUAACUCGCGCUUCCUCCAGGUAGUAUAAUAUUUCAGGAUUAUAAAUCCUCUGAAGGCGAAUGACUUAAGACAGAGACCGACCUCCUCUAAAUUCAACAAUGAGAAAAUGUGAAAACACCGUGUAAAAAAAUUAAUAAAUAAAAAAGUGAAACUACACUUUUACACAGGACGAUCUCUCGGGCGCAUGCGCAGUUCGGAUUAACUUCUAACGGGCUACAGUGAUGGCAGGAACGUCUGCGACCUCUAACGGUGCGACCGAAAAGCGCUCAGAGGAGGCAAAAGAGGCGAAAAGGGGAUGGCUGUCCAAAAAAACUAUCUUCACACGUCGCUGGAAGCCAGCGUGGUUUCAGAUAAAAGAUUCCAGACUUUACUACGGCGGAAACCAAAAGAAUCCACUGAAGUCCAUCAGCUUGAUUGGGGCAGAAAUCGAGGCUCUGGAGCAGGAUGGAGGAUUUGACUGGACUAUAAAGCCACAGGGAAGUAAAAGGACCUUUUUCCUUCGGGCUGGAUCGGCUGAGGAGCAGCAGCAGUGGAUGAUGGCUAUUUGUGAAGAGCAGAUGAGCUCUGGAGAGCACGCUUCAAAUGCCUGUGUGGUGCAGUAGUCUGUCUUAUGUGUUUUAAUAUAGUCACAACAACAUGUUUGAACAUUUUAUCGCAUCAGUAAUGAAACUAUGAGCAAACCAAAAGCAGGGGGUUAUAUGUAUUGUAGAUUUUUAUAUACUUUGUACUAACAGGACAUGAAUAAUCAUGCACCAAUACCUGAAUUAAUGCUUACUUAAAUAUGAACUAAUGAUGAGUUAAAGCAUGUACUAAACACUAAUCAGACCAGGAUGGUGUCAGGCAUUUACCACAACUCAUUACCACAAACGGUGAUUAAUUUCCAAUAACAGCACAUCACAAAAUGAUUUAUUCCGACUAUACCACAGAAAUCAUAACUAUUGCCAAUCAUAGCUGUGUUUACGAAUGAAUGAAUGGCACAUACUUGUUAUCUGUUUCGAGUUUCAUUUCACGUCGUGGAAUGCCCACACAUCAAGUUAUUUGCCGUUAUCUUUCAUGUUAUAACAGUCAUCUCCUCAUCAGCCUCUCUCAUUUUUGUCUCUCUCUCUUGAAGCUGAGAGAUGCAAAAUGCAAACUCCUCUGUCAUAAAGAUUUUCUAACAGCUGAAAAUGUAAA